AUGGUACACUAUGGCUCGAACAGCACAACCCGUCUACACGAAACAAAAGCAAACAAAGAUACCAAUAACCAACUCGUCGCGAUCAAAGUAUACCGACGGUCCAUUCUCAGAGGCCCCCCAAGCUCUUCCCACUCAACAUCCCUGCAUCCAAGCCACCCCAACAUUCUCCCAAUUCUAGAUGUCCUCCACAACGAACGCGCCGAGCUCUGCCUUGUAAUGCCAUACUGCGCUGGCGGCGAUCUAAACACCCUUCUAUCCCGCAAAGGUCCCCUCCCAACCCAAGAAGCAGACUGUAUAAUAACCCAGAUCCUGCGCGCGCUCGCCUUCCUACACGAUCACGGCACGGCACACCGCGAUGUGCGCCUUGAGACAGUCCUACUUACCGCCAACGGAGCCGUCAAGCUAGCUGGGUUUGGCGAUGGACAUGUCCGGCGGAUCUGGGAGGAGACUGCUGAGGCCGGGGCUGGAGGAAUACUUCCCCCUCGACCACAGCCACCUACGCAAAGUGCAUGGUCGUUCGUGCUACCGUGGCCGUUGAAUUCAUUAUGUCGUCAAAGUUCUGAGUCUUCUUCUGGAAAUGGUAGUCAGACUGUGAUUGCGAACUCACCCACUGCUUCGUUUGUGGGUAUGAGACUACCGUAUAUUCCUCCGGAAGAAUUCGCGCUUCAUUUUCAAUCCCGCUGUCGUGAUGAUCAUGACAGCCAUGGUGAGUGUGAUUCUCGUCCCGCUGAUGUCUGGGCCACUGCUAUGCUUUACAUGGCGCUUGUGACCGACCGGAUUUUGUGGCGUAGUGCGCGUCCGAAUCAGGAGGAUGGGCGGUAUCUGGAGUACCUCCAUUCUCGCUGUGGGGAGGAUGGAUACCCGCCCAUCGAGACUCUGGGGCAGGUAUGUUAUAGUUUAUUUCUGGGCGCUCCGGUGCGGAAGACAAGUCACUAA